AUGGCGCUCAUACCGCGGCUCUUCCUGUUCUGGUUUGGCAUUUUCGGGCGAGUGUGCGCUGAUUUACAAGUUGAGUAUCCGUAUUGUUUUCGCUUCACAUGGAUUGGUCCAUAUCAAGAUAAGAGAAAUAUUGCCAGCUUGACUUGUGAACAUUUGCGUGAAGAUUUCAAAAAUGUGCCAUGUCGGCGACCGUUAGUAGCCACAGAUAAUGACGCCAUACCGGAUACUUACGAUUUGUGGCGCAAUCAUUUCAAACAACCGAACGCGUUUGGCUGCCCAAUGGUGCCUGGAGAGUCGUGCGUUAAGUACACGUACACCUACAAUAAAGGAGUUCAAAACAUCACCUAUAUGUGCGCCAAAGUGAAUGCCACAAGCGGUUGCUAUCGUCAAAAGUACAUAUCCGGCCUGGAGGUCGAAGUUUGCGUUUGCGAAUCACAAUUGGGUACAAUACCAUGUAAUCGUGCGCCGAACACCAAUCAAAUUUCUUAUUUAACUCUAUUACUUAACACUUUUCUGGGUAUUUGGCUUCUGCAUAGUUAA